CCUUUUAAAUAACACUGCGAAGCUACUUAUCAGAUGAUAGCGCGUCAAGAAACGUCCGUUUUCUCUGCAGGCUCAAAGACAAGAAGAUCACAACGAAAAACGUGCUAUGUUUUUGUUUCAAGUGACAAUGACUGGACGUUAUUUUACGGCUACUCGAGUUUGCAGAAUUUAUCUGGAGGGAUUUGGACAAAAGGUGUGAGAAUCCCCCUGACUCGGGCCGAUUACGCCGGAUUAGGACAAAUCUAAAGAACAUCGAUUGGAAAACAUUGAUCAACACUGCUACAGAUCUAUACCGUUUUUAAUUACGGGCGGAUUAAAGCGUCAAAAGAUGAUUUAUUUAGGCAUGGAAAUGAGAUUGUUACUUGUAAACGAAAUAAAUUGACUUCUAUUGCGAGUCUUCAUUUAUUUCACGUUUCUUCCACGAGAUUUGACAUUACGAGUAUCGGUUAUUGAUGUUUAACGUAAACAGUUUUUUCAAGGCAUUGGGCCCUCUCGACUUCUCGAUGGAAAGAGGAACGACAUUUGGAGUUUGAUUGACUAUCACGACAGGUGCGCGUUCUGAUAUAUCCAAGUUUGUGUCUUCACCUUACACCAUGAAAUUGCUACGCGUACAGUGUUGGUGCCUUAUGUUGCUUGUGUUGCAAGUGCAUGCUUUGGAAGUGACUUACAACCUGGAAGAAGAAACAAAACGUGGGGUUCUGGUUGGAAAUGUUGCAGAGGAUGCUGGACUGUCAAAUGUCAACAAUCCGACAUUUAGCCUGUUUCAGGCCGGGUACCCCGCGGCCAAGUGGUUCUCUAUCACCGAGGACCUGGGCGAACUCCACACUAACGCUACUAUAGACAGGGACACUAUCUGUGAAUUCCAGGACCAGUGUGUUCUUAAUCUGGUGGCUGUUGCCUCCACUGAAGAUGGGGAUUUCCACAAGAUUAAAAUAUACGUCAACAUUAUAGACAUAAAUGACAAUUCGCCAACAUUUUCAAAGAGUGUUGUCAGUUUACAGAUAUCGGAAGACACUGCUAUCAAUUUUUCAUAUUCCCUCGAGGGCGCCGUGGAUUUAGAUACGGGUAACAACUCCGUGGAGAGGUACGAGAUCCCGUCGCACGACUCACCAUUCCAUACCGCGGCGGACAAGUUCUCUGAUGGCCGAUCUAUGUUAAAACUCAUCCUCAAGCAAACACUAGACCGCGAGACCCACCCCAGCUAUCUGAUUCAAGUGGUGGCUUACGACGGUGGAACUCCCCCCAAAACGGGAUCCAUGACAGUGAACAUUACUGUAGGGGAUAUUAAUGAUAAUUACCCGAUAUUCUCAAAACCCUCCUACAACGUUACCAUAAUGGAUGACCUCCCCGUAGAAUCUGUUGUUGUUAAAACAUUUGCAAGUGAUAAAGACGAAGGAAUAAAUGGAGAGGUGCAAUACCGUUUAGAUCCCCGCCAAACGGAGGACAUCUUUCAAAUUUUUCAUAUGAACUCAACAACGGGCGAAAUCUAUCUCAAAGAGUCGCUCAUUUCCGGUUCUCGGGAAAAUUACAACAUUCUGAUAGAGGCUACUGACUUGGGUAAUCAGCCAUUGAUAUCAAAAUCACAAGUCUUUGUGCGCGUGCAAGAUAAUCACAAUAACUUCCCGGUGAUCAAUGUGAAUGUUUUGUCUGGCAGUGAUACUGCCGAGGUCUCCGAGCACGCCAGUCAGGGCACCGUGGUAGCGCACGUAGCAGUGAAAGACCCCGACACAGGGGCCAACGGGUUGGUGACGUGUGAUGUUAUCAGCGACUAUUUUAAAAUUCAAAAGUUUGAAGAAAACGAGUACAAAGUUGUGGUCUUCGCGUCGUUAAAUCGGGAAAUGAGGGAUAAUUACGAAGUGACUGUCAAUUGCAGAGACGCGGGAAGCCCACCCAGAGAAACCAACUUUACUUUUCCUGUCAUUGUUGUCGAUGAAAAUGACAAUCCUCCACGAUUUGAAAGACAAACAUAUAAUGCUAAUAUACUGGAAAAUAAUGAUAUUGAUAUUAGCCUUUUGGCGGUUUCUGCGACAGAUGACGAUAUUGGGGUUAAUGCUGAUCUGAGGUACUCCGUAUCAGAAGAAGCCCAGAACUUAGCGAGCAUCGAUGCGCUUUCUGGUAGUUUGAGGUUAAAGAUAGCUCUGGAUAGGGAACAACACAGUCAGAUUUCAUUUUAUGUAUAUGCUACAGACUCAGGGGAUGUUCCCCUUACCGGAACAGCCACAAUCAAUAUAAUUGUGAAAGACGCAAACGACAAUGCACCUACGUAUCCGGAUAAAAUCUCCACAUUCGUUGUAACUGAAAACAUAGCCGCACCCAGAGUAAUAGGAACUGUUUCAGCUUUCGACAAGGAUGAGGGAAUCAAUUCAGAAGUUCGGCAUUAUCUGAUGACCUCGAAUACUGGCGAGUUGCCUCCCUUCGAAGUGAAAGAAAAUGGAACAGUACUUGUAACGCGAUCCCUCGACAGAGAGACUGUUGCAUUGUACGAGUUACAAAUAAUGGCGAUGGAUAGAGGUUCUCCUGCUAAAACUGGCUAUUCGUUUAUAAAAAUCUUAGUGGAGGACACAAAUGACAACAAACCUAUCUUCAUCUUCCCCAGCGAAGCUAACCGGUCCAUUACCGUUCCAUUAUCAACUGCACAGAAUAUGGUGGUUGCAACCUUGACCGCCAGUGAUGGAGAUACAGAUGUUAACGCUCAGCUGAGAUAUUAUACAGACGACCAGAAUAUGACUGAAACCUUUGUCAUCAAUAGUGCUACAGGCGAAGUUAUAGUUGCGCGCGCACUUGACUCUGAUGACCUUGGUUUGUAUGUGUUUAAGGUCAAAGUUCAAGAUUGGAGUAGCAAUCCUCUAAGUGCUGAAGAAACUCUACUCAUCAAUGUGAUAGCAGACUCAGUAGCAGACGAAUCGAGUUUCUCGCGGUAUUACGUCAUUGCUAUCAGUAUGUCGACAGUGACGGUUGUGUUAGCCAUUGUGAUUAUAGUUGCAAUAUGUUUAUUAAGAAAAGAGGACAGUAAAAGGAAACGCUACGACAGCGCCCGUUCUACCGUUGCCAUAGUGAGUAAAGAUGUGGAGGAUCCAGAUUGCUAUGACAACUCUCCCCCCGUCCAUAAAGAGGUCUUUUAUCCACCCGGAUAUGACUUGGGCAACAGACAGUUUUUCCCUAUUGAUCGUUCCAUUUCAGUCCAGAUCCCACCGACGAUUCCAGAGGCAGAUCCUCUCCCUAAGGUCCCGAGUGACCCCUCUUUGUGGGAAGGGUGUGAAAGUGUCAACGAAAACGAGAGAAAUCGGAACCAGCUAAUGACCCUGCAGUACCACCAAUCCUUGAUGAGGAUACAGAGUAUUAAACGAUCAAACUCGACAAUCUGACGUAGCGGCAGUUGAAGGAGCAAAAGCAUUAAUUAGAUAUACCUCCCCCUUUGGGGGAGUUCUUUCAGUAGAAAUAAACUAACAGUGAAUAUAUUAACAGGGGGAUUAUUGGACUGUGUAAAUAUGGCGAGAAACUGAGAAAAAUCUCUACGUCAAUAUUGAUUCACCUGUUUUUACAAACUGAUACUAAAGUUAUACAAGGAACAAAAGCUUCUCCUGCGGAUAAAAACGGAAGCCGAUCUUGUGUAAGCACGCGACGAACCGGACUAUCGAGGAACGAGAAAAGACGAAUAAAGCUGCCUGCAGAAAUGCCAGCCAAUCGAAUAAUAAUCGUCGAAAAUGCUAAAUCUACCCUGAAGUAUUGAAACCGGAAAUGGGAUAUUUUGGACCGCAUGGGAAUCGGAAUAUUUCGGCUUUUAACCAAACCGACAGACGAAGCAAGUUUCUAAUGGAAUAACAGACAAUUAUCUUUCCUGCUUACAUGUAAAUUGUGUGCCAAAGGCUUAGCGUAGGACCUUAAUGGAUGAAAGUAGACAUUUUAUUGCAAUAAUUGAGACAUUUUUCGCAAAAUUGUUUGUGAUUGUGCGAUAGGACGAUAUCUUAAAUUUUUGAUGGCAUUUUUGUAUUGUUAUGAUAAUAUGGUGCUAUAUGUUGUUAUGAAAUUGGAUUAAAAUUUUAUCAUAAAA